AUGAUUCGUUCUUUCCGACAACCUACAAAUAAUAACUUUACUACUUUCGGUCAGAAUUUAAAAUUUUAUACGUCAUUAGGAGCUGGACGUGGACGCGGCGGUAGUGGCACAAUUGAACUGGGUGGUAAAACCUUUACCUUAACAGUGCCAAUAACAAAAGUAAACCCACCUCCAAAGGAACCCGAGAACCUACCCCCAAAGGAACCCGGACAAUUUGACGAUAAAGUUGAUGAAGUUGAAGAAAGACAAUAUUUUGAAACCUUAUCUGACCCAAUGAGGGAUCCACAGGAAUUGGAAAGACAACAUUAUCGAUUUCAACAACAAAGAGGAAGGGGAAGGGGAAGGGGAGGGGGAGUAGGAAGGGGAGGGGGAGUAGGAAGGGGAGGGGGAGUAGGAAGGGGAGGAGGAGUAGGAAGGGGAGGGGGAGUAGGAAGGGGAGGGGGAGUUGGGAGAGGAAUAGGAGGAGGAGGAGGAAGGUUUGACAAUUCUGGAGUUGGUCGAGGAAAAAAUAGAAUAAGAAAUAUUACUGAAAAUAAACCACAAAUAAAAGAUUUUAUUUCAGAAGACAUUGAUUGGUAUGACUUUACAAUUUCUCAAAUGAAGAAUCAUUCAUUAAAUAAUCAAGAUGACGACGAAGAAACAUUGAAACUAGAAUCGACAGGUGGUGAUUAUAAUAGAUAUAUUUCUAUACCCAAUUCCAUAGACGAAGAAGAACCUAUCAUGAAUCAAUUAGAAGGUAUUAAAAAUAUUAUUGGACAAAAUUCUUCUUAUAAGUUAUCUGACAAAAAGCUAUUUUAUGAAACGAUAGCGAAAACUCUUAAAACUUGA